AUGUUAUUUGAAGAUUUACCAAUAGAUAUAUUACAAACAAUUCAAUUUUUUUUAAACCAAAAAUCAAUCAUAUCCUUAGCUCAAACUUGUCAUGCUUUAAAAGAUUCAUGUUAUGAAACUUUAUAUUCAAAAAUUUAUUUCAUUAUAAGUAUUCAUGAUAGACAAAGAGAAAUUGUGGAAUUACUGGGUCAUUAUGCAUCUGGAUAUAAAUUAAAAUUUGAUUCUUCAUUAAGAUCAAAGAAGUCAGAUCCAGAAUCAGAACUUACAAAUCAAUCUUAUAAUAAAGGUAUAACAGUUAUAAGUGGAUUAUUAAAAUUUAAUAAAUUUUUAGCAUUAACUUUAGAUACAUUAAUUGAAGGUAAUUACAUUAAGAAAAUUUAUCUUGAUUGGGUUUGUUUUGAAAAAAUAUUAGAUCCUUUUAUACUUGAUCAUUUUAGAAUUAAUGAUUAUGGAUAUUCAAUUACAGGAGAUGUUGAAUUAGAAAAAUAUGGUUGGAAUCAUAAAAAGAUUGAUAUACCUUCAAGUGAUUCAUUCCCUUUUCAUAAUUUAUUUAGUUCAAGAAGAUUUAUUCAUCUGGUUUAUAUUUCGAAAAGAUUGAAAAAUCUUGAUUUAAUGGGACAAGAAUUUUCCAAUAUAAAUGAAUAUCUUGAAGAAGCAGCUACUUUAUCAAAUAAUUUUUUUUGUUUACCAAUUAAUGAAUUUAAAGAUUAUAAAGCAGCUUUAAGUUAUAAAAUAAUCUAUUUAAACAUUUUAGAAUUAUUUGAUAAAACAAUUAAACACCAAAAUAAUUUAAAUUUAUUAGAUUUUAGAAUUUAUUUUGCAGGUGAUUUAUUUAUUAAAUCAUUAAAUGGGAAUAAUACAAGUUAUGGUACAAUGCAAAAACUUUAUAUUAAUAAUACACAUAGAUAUCAUUUUUAA